AUGAGCGUGUUCUGCAAUGUAAGAAAUGAAGACGGAAUGGGCGUGUUCUGCAAUGUAAGAAAUGAAGACGGAAUGAGCGUGUUCUGCAAUGUAAGAAAUGAAGACGGAAUGGGCGUGUCCUGCAAAGCAAGAAAUGAAGACGGAAUGGGCGUGUUCUGCAAUGCAAGAAAUGAAGACGGAAUGGCCGUGUUCUGCAAUGCAAGAAAUGAAGACGGAAUGGGCGUGUUCUGCAAUGCAAGAAAUGAAGACGGAAUGGGCGUGUUCUGCAAUGCAAUAAAUGAAGACGGAAUGGGCGUGUCCUGCAAAGCAAGAAAUGAAGACGGAAUGGCCGUGUUCUGCAAUGCAAGAAAUGAAGACGGAAUGGCCGUGUUCUGCAAUGCAAGAAAUGAAGACGGAAUGGCCGUGUUCUGCAAUGCAAGAAAUGAAGACGGAAUGGCCGUGUUCUGCAAGGCAAGAAAUGAAGACGGAAUGGCCGUGUUCUGCAAUGCAAGAAAUGAAGACGGAAUGGCCGUGUUCUGCAAUGCAAGAAAUGAAGAUUAA